AUGGCAAAUAAUUUAGAGAGUGGCGAUAGUUUAGUCCCUACCUCUCUUCUAAGAGUUAAAUUAAAUAACUUUGACUUAACUCCACGGCAAUCUUUAUCUUUUAACAAUACUCAAUCAACUGCUGCAUUAAAAAAACAACAGCAAGAUCAAUUAAACAAAAAUACUAUUCUAAGUGACUUAAGUACUGCUCUUUCAAAACAACAAUUAGAAAAGCAAUCUGAUAAAAAAUUUGAUUAUAAUAAAGUUUCACAAGAACUAAAAGUUAAAUUAACUGACUUUGAAAAAGAUUGCGAUGAUAUACUUGCCAAAUCUGCAAAGGUUUCCUUGGGUUCAAAAAAAGGUCCUAACGUAAAACUAGGUUCACAAAAUAUUUCUGCUCCAAUGACGCCUGCUGUAGAAACAUCAUCAGCUUCAACAACUACAUCGUCACGAAAGCCCCCCUCAAGACGUGAGCGUAAUGUUGUAAAAGGUCGGCAAAAAGAUGUAGAGUUUGCUACUGAAAUAGGUCAAGGCCUAUUACUAGAAGUUAGGCGUCUACAAGCUUUAUUAAAAGAAAAAGAAGAAAGAAUAGGUGAACUUGAUAGUGAAAAAGUUGAAUUGGAACGUAAUAUCGAACAACUUAAUAAAACUCUACAUACAAAUCAAGAAUCUGAAGAUCGCCUAAAUGAACGUGUUUGGACUCUUGAAUUAACUAAUCAUGAUCUUAGUACUAAACUAGAAGAUUUGCAACAACAACUUAAUAAAGCUCGUAAUGACUACACAAAGAUUGAAAAAGCUCUCUCAACUGCAACUGAUGUUAUAGAGCAAUUUAAAGAUAAAGAAGAAAAAUUAGCUUCAAAUCUUGAAAAUUUUAAAUCUUUAUAUGAUAUGAAAAAAAAAGAUAUGGAAAAUAAUCGUAAAAUCUUAUUACAAGAAAAGGAUGAAAGAAUAAAAGAUCUCGAUAGUAAAAAAGUUGAAUUAGAACUUUGGAAUCUUGAAUUAACUAAUCAAGGUCUUAGUUCUCAACUAGAAGAUUCGCAGCAACAACUUAAUAAAGCUCGUAAUGACUACUCAAAUAUUGAAAAAGCUCUCGCAACUGCAACUGAUGUUAUAGAGCAACUUAAAGAUAAAGAAGAAAUAUUAACUUCAGAUCUUGAGAAUUUAAAAUCUUUAUAUGGAAAAGAUACGGAAAAUAAUAUUGAAGAUUUAAAAUCUCAAUUGGAUUCAUUCUUAAACGACUCUACUUCAAAUGAUGUAUUUCAUGAUGAAAAUAUUCAACUUAUUAAAAUUUCUAACAAAAAUUUGAAUGUUGAAACAAUGAAAGCUCUUGAUGUUGCUAACCGUAUGAUUAGUAGCCUUCGCACUAGUCUUAAAAAGGAGAGGGACGAAAAUCAUAAAUUAAAGAUGUUGUUAGUUGACAGUCAAGAAUUUGAGGUUAUGCAUAAUGUAGAAUGUUUUGAUACCGCUCCUAAACAAGUCAAAACAAUACAGGGUGGUUCAUCUAAAACUUCUGAGCUUUCUGAUAUCUCUAAAAGUGAUAUGCUUCAUAAUGAUAUUGAAGGCAAUAAGAAUAAUGAUAUAGUAGAAUGGGAAAUGAUUUAA